CAACGCCCCAUCCCUUUUCUUCUUCUCUCAGUCAUAUCUCACGUCCACCAGCUUCUUCUCCUCGUCCAUCUCUCCGCCAGUGCUCUAGCGCAUAUCCCUUCAAAGCGGCAAACAGGUUCCCAAGCCCUCCAUCGUCUUCAUUCCCUUCUACAACAAUGGCCGACUCCGGAGAGGCCCCCGCGGCUGUCGAGCACCUCAACAUCAAGGUGACCGACAACAACAAUGAAGUGUUCUUCAAGAUCAAGCGCACAACCCAGUUGAAGAAGUUGAUGGACGCGUUCUGCGAAAGGCAAGGAAAGCAGCCGUCUACGGUCCGCUUUCUUUUCGAUGGCACCCGUGUGCGCCCUGAAGAUACACCCGAUACGCUCGAGAUGGCCGAUGGGGACACUCUCGAAGUGCACCAGGAACAAAUCGGUGGCUAGAUAGCAUAAUCUCUCUCUCGAUGAAUCAUGAUUAUUAUGUCUUUUCAAAAUACAUUACCAGCCCCGUUGUGUUUCUUACCUUUAGUUACCCAACUUUAUCUUCUCCCGACCAUCCUCCGAUCUGUUUCUCCCGUUUCUAUCAAACAGAUACAAGGCGCAACAUGGUGUUCUAACUUGGUUGAUGGGCCGGAGCCGGACCCGGAUUUGGAGAGCGUCCUAUUAUGAGAUGUGUAUCUGGGUAGGGAUCAGGAAUUUUUCAGAGUGAUAAAUAAGAGGGUUGUUGACGUCGACGAAAAUAUGAUGAAUGGUUA